UCUUUGCAACAAACCCCGGUUCCUGACAACGCGCAUUCGCAAAAAAACGAAGGCACAAUCAGGGAAAUAGGCCCACUUAUUUGUUAAUCAGCCUGCCGGCUGCACGCAACACCGCCCGCCUACUUAAGAACUCGUACCCCCCACUACAUUCUUUUCCCUUUCAACUCACACACAACUCCACAUCCAAUCGUCAACCCCAUCAUUUGUCAACCACCAUCACCAUCUCAACGCCAAACAUCCCGUCAUACAUUUAAUCAUUCAUCACAAUGGCCCGCACUAAGCAGACCGCUCGCAAGUCCACUGGUGGCAAGGCUCCCCGCAAGCAGCUCGCCUCCAAGGCUGCCCGCAAGUCCGCCCCCUCCACCGGCGGUGUCAAGAAGCCCCACCGUUACAAGCCCGGUACCGUCGCUCUCCGUGAGAUUCGUCGCUACCAGAAGUCGACUGAGCUCCUCAUCCGCAAGCUCCCCUUCCAGCGCCUGGUCCGUGAAAUCGCCCAGGACUUCAAGUCCGACCUCCGCUUCCAGAGCUCCGCCAUCGGCGCCCUCCAGGAGUCCGUCGAGUCUUACCUCGUCUCCCUCUUCGAGGACACCAACCUGUGCGCCAUCCACGCCAAGCGUGUCACCAUCCAGUCGAAGGACAUCCAGCUUGCCCGCCGCCUCCGUGGCGAGCGCAACUAAGCAUGUUUGCUUGAGUCUUUGCUAGUUUGGGGGUUUCGCAGGUCAUGACUUUUUCAUUUGGGACGCGAGCUGGAUGAAGGGGCUCAUUCAUGGGACAAGGAACUGGCGUUUUGCGAUGGGUUUUACUCUGGGGCUGUACAUUACACGGCGGCAAACGGACUGCUGCGAAUAUUCGCGUUGACUUCAUGAUCACGAUAAUUUGCGCUGCA